CGCCUCCUGCAUCGCGGCUGCGGCGGCUUCCGCCUGUAUUUCCCCUGGCCCGGUGCGGGGUGGGCACGGCGGACGCGCGGUGCUGCGCCAGCCACUGACGGGCGACGAUGUCGGACAUCGGGGACUGGUUCAGGAGCAUCCCGGCCAUCACGCGCUACUGGUUCGCCGCUACUGUCGCGGUCCCCUUGAUCGGCAAGCUCGGUCUCAUCAGCCCGGCCUACUUCUUCCUCUGGCCUGAAGCUUUUCUCUACCGCUUCCAGGUAUGGAGGCCACUCACUGCCACCUUUUAUUUCCCCGUGGGUCCAGGAACUGGAUUUCUUUAUUUGGUCAAUUUAUAUUUCUUAUAUCAGUAUUCUACACGACUUGAAGCAGGAGCUUUUGAUGGGAGGCCAGCAGACUAUUUAUUCAUGCUUCUCUUCAACUGGAUUUGCAUCGUGAUUACUGGCUUAGCAAUGGAUAUGCAGCUGCUGAUGAUUCCUCUGAUCAUGUCAGUACUUUAUGUCUGGGCCCAGCUGAACAGAGACCUGAUUGUAUCAUUUUGGUUUGGGACACGAUUUAAGGCCUGUUAUUUACCUUGGGUUAUACUUGGAUUCAACUAUAUCAUUGGAGGCUCGGUGAUCAAUGAGCUAAUUGGAAAUCUUGUUGGACAUCUUUAUUUCUUCCUAAUGUUCAGAUACCCCAUGGACUUGGGUGGAAGGAAUUUUCUAUCCACACCUCAGUUUUUGUAUCGCUGGCUACCCAGCAGGAGAGGCGGGGUGUCAGGGUUCGGUGUGCCCCCUGCUAGCAUGAGACGAGCUGCUGAUCAGAACGGUGGAGGCGGGAGACACAACUGGGGUCAGGGCUUCCGACUUGGAGACCAGUGAGGAGUGACCAGGCCUGCCCACCAGCCAUUCUGCUCAGACGACGUGUCCUCCCAGUGCUGGGUGUGCUGAUGGCCAAGUUCUUGCUGUCGCUCUUGGACCUGACCCACACUGAAUGUAGUCUUUCAGUACAAAGACAGCAUAUUUUAAACCUUGAAGGAAAAUACAAGUGUUCCUCCUCAAGUUUCAUGAUUCCCAUUCAAGUCCUUUCCACUAUGAAGAACAAAUUAUCAGCCAUGCAGAUUUCAAAAUUGACUCCUUUUCUGAUGUCUUCUUCUCCUCCCUUUCCAUCUAAAUAAUGAGCUGAGCAAGUGGGUUGGCUAACCAAAUCCUGUCAAGAGGAUUCUUUCCUUUCUCACACAUAUGCCCCACCCACUCUUCUUCCAGCCCGCAAAGUUGCAACUUGAAGGGUUGUGCACAGAAUGGUUUUGCCUUUAAGAAACUCUUAUUUAUUGACUUUUGCCAAAGCUUGGUCAUAAAGAACUUGUUCACACAGUUGUUUCCCCUUUAUUGGCAGAACUGUAGCAAUGGGGGAGAAGACUGAAGCAGUGGAUGAAGAGUGUUGGGGAUGUGUCAGCCUGGCAGCAGCUACAGCCAUUCACCGC